GUGAGUUUGUGGCAUAAGAUCCAGCUGAUUCCCAGUGAUGUCUGAGCCAGCAUCAAAGCCAGUUUCGAGGGCGUCGUCACGAGCAUCUACCGCCAAGCCCGCUUCCUCUGCAAAGGUCACACCGAUCUUGGAGGACUCCGAAGAUGAGGUGCUCGUGAAGCCCAAGCCUGCACCCAAGGCUAGAGCCAAACCCGCGCCGAAGGCCAGAGCCCCAGCCAAGAAGCCCAAUGGAAUGGACUCGGACGGCGACACCGAUGUGAAGCCGACUCUAAAGGCAGCGCCUAGAAAGAGAGCUACCAAGGCGGUCGACUUGGACAGCGACGUCGAGAUGAAGCCCACGCCCCAGGCGAAGGCAGCUGCGAAACAGUUGGUGACAAAAGGGAAUGAUUCAGGCAGCGAAGUGGAAGUCAAAACGAAGGCCAAGUCAGCCGGGAAGAAAGCGCCAGUCAAGGGCAAGAAGAAGGCCGACUCCGACUUUGAGGAGGACUCUGAUGACUACGUCCCUAUCGCUCGUCCAGCGACGGCGCGUGCAGGACGAGCUGCGGCAGCGAAGAAGGUCCCCACCUACGUCGACUUGUCCGACCUGGAUAGUGACGACUAGAGACACAUGUAGAUCCACUCUCCUGUUUCCUUAUACCCAGUGAUUCACUUGAUGUAUGCUGUAACGACAAG